CUUCACACGACAACAAGGACUCAUCCCUGAGGUCGGCUCAGGAUCAUGCGUGUUCAGAUGUCAACUGCCAACGUCAACCGAGCCGGAGGAGGAACCAAAACCGCCAAAGUGUCAAAGGAUCAGAGAAAGCCAACGGCGGCCAUCUUGAAAGGAGCGAUCCAGCUGGGCAUCAGUUACGCUGUCGGAAACCUCAGCUCCAAACCAGACCGAGAUGUUCUCAUGCAGGAUUUCUCUGUGGUGGAGAGCGUCUUCCUGCCGAGCGAGGGCAGCAACAUGACCCCAGCACAUCACUACCCAGAUUUCCGUCUGAAGACGUACGCUCCUCUGGCCUUCCGCUACUUCCGAGAGCUGUUUGGAAUCAAACCAGACGACUACCUGUACUCCAUCUGUAACGAGCCGCUGAUCGAGCUGUCCAACCCCGGAGCCAGCAGCUCCUGGUUCUACCUCACCAGCGACGACGAGUUCAUCAUCAAGACGGUUCAGCACAAGGAGGCCGAGUUCCUGCAGAAGCUGCUGCCCGGCUACUACAUGAAUCUGAACCAGAAUCAGAGGACGUUGCUGCCCAAGUUCUACGGCCUGUACUGCAUCCAGUGCGGCGGGGUCACCGUGCGCAUGGUGGUGAUGAACAACGUGCUGCCGCGAGCCAUGAAGAUGCAUUACAAGUACGACCUGAAGGGGUCGUCGCACAAACGCCGCGCCUCACGCAAAGAGCGGGUCAAGGACUCGCCCACCUUCAAGGACCUGGACUUCCAGGAGAUGCACGAGGGUCUGCACUUCGACCCCGACACCUACAACGCCCUGAUGAAGACCCUGCAGAGGGACUGUCGGGUGCUGGAGAGCUUUAAGAUCAUGGACUACAGUCUCCUGCUGGGCGUCCAUGUUCUGGACCGGAAGCCGGUGAGCAGAGGGAGUCGCUCCGACAGCAGGAGAGGACAGAAGGUUCUGUACUCCACGGCCCUGGAGUCCAUCCAGGGCAACGUCAAGGACCCGGAGCCUGUUGCCGACGACGACGACACAUUGGGUGGAAUUCCUGCCAAACACAAGGAUGAGAACCUGCUCAUCUUUUUAGGAAUCAUUGACAUCCUCCAGUCGUACAGGUUCAUUAAGAAGGUGGAACAUUCCUGGAAAGCUCUGGUGCAUGAUGGGGACACAGUGUCUGUCCACAGGCCCAGUUUCUAUGCAGAUCGAUAUCUUAAGUUCAUGGGCUCGACCGUGUUCAAGAAGCUCCACCCUCUGAGAGGAGCGUCGUCCAGGAGGAAGAGGAGUUCCCUGAACGCAGCAAAGUCGGCGUCUCAAGAGGUUCUGUCCCCACAGAAGGAGGAGAAGAGGCAGGAGAAGAAAGCACAGAGCUUGGACAACCUGGAUGGAAACUUUUACAGUUCCUCCAAACAACCAGACAUUCUGCAGAGAUCUGUUGUUUCCUUUGAGUCCAGACGCGAACGUGACGAGGAUCCAGAAAACAGGUUGUUGAAGAGCGACGAGCCUCCAGUUCAACCAUCGCGCUGGAUGAUCCAGUGCUGACCUGCAGCACGAGCCAUUCAGACUCUGAGCUCGACGUCUACUUGUGAGUGACCAGCUUCCUGUUCUUCUGACCUCUGACCUCUGCAGUGGCAUCAGAACAACAGGACGUCAGUAAUGUGACGUAGCAACAGGAACAUGUCAGAUUCUCCACUGUGCCUCAGUGACGUGUGUUAGAAUCACAGUUUAAUACAAAUAAACUGU